CUCUCAUUUUUGUUCGUAUGCAACCAUGCGUCCACCAAUGAGGAUAGUUAACUAUCGAGUAGGAGACCUAGUUGAAGUAUGCAUCAAAGAUGAAGGGUUUUGGGGCUCGUACUUUGAGGCCAAAAUUGUUGCAUGCCUCGAGAAUGGAGAAUAUGUGGUUCGUUACAAGAACCUUCUUGAGAAUGAUGAAUCUGGACCUCUCGAGGAGACACUUUUAUCAAAGGACCUUCGUCCAAUACCACCAUCUGUCCAAAAUCCUUCCGCGUUCCAACUCAACCAAAAGGUUGAUGUUUUCUGCAAUGAUGGAUGGUGGUUAGGGAAAAUCACUAGCAAGAAGGUCUUCAGGCGAAACCAUUAUUACAUUUGGGUGUACUUUCCCACUAUAUCUAUAAGGAGGUUAUGCCGUUGUGAUCAGAUCCGAGUUCAUCAUGAGUUGUCUGGAGGAGACUGGAUCACAAGAUCUUAAUUUGGAUCUAUAAAUCGAUUACAUGAUAUUUACAAUUCGUAGAAA